UUUAAGAAAAUCUGAAAAGUGUUCUAGGAAUUGGUGGUAAAAUUAAUUUGCGAUCAAAAACAAAAAAUUUAUAUGAAUUAAAAUAAAUUUAUUAAUUAAUUCUCUAGGUAUAGCGAAAAUAAUAAUUCAAGAAAGAUGCUGUUGUUUAUAUUUAUGAGUAAACAAUUGGAAUAUCUAAAUUGUGCGAAAACUAUAAUACGUCGAUUAUUGUUCACAAAUCCAGCGGAAAAAUUACAAAUUGCUACUGUUAGUGCAGAGAAUCAAGUAGAUACCGAACCAGUAAAUGCUUCGCCAGCUUCGAUUGAAUUAAUUGAUUAUAUCGAUCAAUUAAUUGAAGCUUUAUUAACAUCAAAUGAGUCAAUAGAUCAACAAAAUAAUGAAACCAAAUUUAAAGUUGCUUUUCAAGUUAUUCAACAAAUGAUUAUUAAUAUUUUAGAAAGUGAAAAGGAUGAAACAAUUGCACCUGCAAAGGGUAGAAAGAAAAUUCAAAAACCAUCAACUGAAGUGAUUAUUUUUACAAACUUAAAAAACGCAAAAUUUUCUGAUACAUUGGCACAAAAAAUGAUUGAAGAAUUUAAAAAUGAAAAUAUUAAAAUGUAUAUUUUUACCGAGAGUAUUUCAUAUCCGAUACCGGAAAAUACAAUCGAUGAACAUUUACCAAUGAUAAUGAAAAAUCCAUCUUUAUUUUCUGAAGAAUUAAAACCACUCCAGCAGCUCAUUGUAGACACAGGUGGUUUUAUUGGAAAUAUUAAUUUUGCUGCAUCCUUAUUUGAAAAUCUUCGAAUCCGGAAACUCCCUCAAGCAUGGAAUGUUGAUUUUCGUAUUGGAAGUAAAAUAAAAAUACCAAUGUGUGGUUAUCGAAAAACCAUAGGAUAUUCAGAACCAAAAUGGCAUUUUAAAAAACGGCCACUUGAAGUUUCAAAUCAAGGUGAAACAUCUGGAUUACAGCAACAAGGUUUCAAACGUAAUUUCAAAGAAGAUUUCAAAGAAGAGAAAGAAGAAGAAAUCGCGAAAAAUGAAAUUAAACCAGAUGAAUGGGAAACCGAUGAAAAAAUAUUUGAUGUUCAUAUUACAAAUGAAGGAGUAGGAUAUUUAACAAAAGAAGAGAAAAAAGCCCAUAAACCAAAAACAAUUCGUUGUUUAGAUUUAUUAUUUACAAUGGAUAAAAAUGAAGUACAUGAAAUUCAUCAUGGAAAACCUGUUUAUUUAUUAAAACCCAACCCAAAAAAACAGGAAAAUAUUAGAGCAUUCAACGCAUUUGCGAAUGCAUUAGUACAACGAAAUUUAGUGGGUAUUGCCAGGAAAUGUUACAAUAGAAAUACUUAUCCAAAAUUGGUUGUUCUUCGUCCGUACAAAAUUCAAGAUGAAGUAAUCAUUGAAUCGUUCUUGCUACCAUUUAAGGAUAAUUGUGUGGAUCCGUUAGACUAUAUAAACGGUACAACUGGAUUAUGGAAAAUACCUAGCAAAGACUAUCAGUUAGAUCCAAAAAUUAAAAUUAAUGCUGAAUUACAAGAGCAUGUUAACGACUAUUUAAAAGAGUUAACAAUAAAAGAAGAUGACCACUUAAAUAUGCUACCACCACAAUUACAAUUCAAUCCAAAAUUGGAUUAUUUGUACCAGAAGAUUAUUGAAAGAGCAAAACAAACGAAGGAGAAUGAAAUAAUAGAACCAGAAGAAUGGGAAUCUAGUCUCAGUAAUUUACAUAUUAAAAAUUCACAACCAAAAUUUUUAAAAUCGAGAGCAACUGAUGCUUUAAAUGAAUUAAUUAUGAAAUUGAAUAUUUAAAAAAAAAAAUGGAAUCGGAAAAAGAUGGAAUCAAAAAUAAUUUUUUAUUUAUUUGUAUCUAUUCACCUUUUUUAAUUUGAUAAAUUAUUUUGAAAUUAAUUUAAACGUUUAAUUCGUUUGUUACUCAAAAUAAAUGCCGCCGCCAAAUAAUAUUUAACAAAUAAUAAUUUACCAUUGACAACUGACAUGACCAGCGAGGUAAAAUACUCCAAGAGGGGUAGAUUAUAUAGAAAUUCUGAUUUAGGAAUAGUGAUCAGAGACCCCGAAAACCCCCGAGUAUUCGUUUUUGGUCCAUAUUUUCAAGGUUUUAAAAUUUUCAAAAAUCAUCUCAUAAAUGGAUUCUAAUGAUUAGCCUAUUGGGCGCAUAGCAAAAACCAAAACUUUCUAGCGGCAAAAAGUUAGAUGUAGAUUCCGAUAUA